AUGAGCCUUUUGGAGAUUAAGUAUGUCCCGCGGCCUCCGGCAAUUGGACAGGGGUCCAACCUGGAUUCCAUGAUUCUGCCGGAGGCCGAGGAGGUGCCCCACUUGCGCGAGUUGGACUUUUGCGUGAACGCGGAUUUCGUGCACAUAGAGAACAAGUACGGCACCUUCAUCUGCGAGCCGCACCUCACCUUCCCCAACCAAGUCUUCCCCUCCAACCCCUCAGACGCGCCUCCAGGGAGCUACAGGCAGAAUGGAGGGGAGGAGGAACCCGAGGACCCUUAUGUCGGGGAUAGGUCAAUGGACGAGCACUACGGGGGGUCGACCAUAAUGGCGUACGAUCCGCUCUUCAACUGGGACUCGGAGCGUGCUGCUGUCAUCGGCCACCGCCUGCCCAUCCGCCCAAUCACCUCGCCCACUGUGGGCACGCGCUUCUCGGUGCGAAUUCUCGGGCUGACAGUGCAAGCGGGACUGGUGGAGCCAGUGAGUGGCACCAUGUGCCUGUACCACGCAGAGCGCCGAGAGAAGGCCUCCGAGGACUUCCACUUCCAGUUCCUGCCGCCACAGUGGGAGGGCGAGAGCACGUCCCCUGAUACCAGAGCCAUCUUCUCAGUGGACAAGGAGUCGGCGGCGCUGUGCCUGCUGGUGCAGCUCGAGAAGGCCGCGAGUGAGGAGAGCGUGAAUGGGAUCAAGCCGGCUGUGUAUACUCGCAAGGACCCUCCCACCCUGACGGACAAGGAGGCGGCGCGUCUGUCCGAGUGGGCGCAGGUCAUGCCCUUCCGAGAGCCCCUCGCGUGGAUCACCAUUCCCCUCUUUGACUCCUCGGUCACCGGCGGCGUGGGGGGCUUUGGAGCAUCCGGAGGGGGCAGCUCAGGGGGAGGGUCGUCAGGGAGCCUCGGGGGAGGUGGGGGCGUGCUGGGGGUGGAAGGAAGCGGAGGGGCGGGGUCGAGUCCAGUGGUGGACAGCAAUGGGGUGCGCGUGCCGGCUUAUGAGCUAGGGGGCCCGCCCGUGCAGAUUGACAUUCCCACGCUGAAUCGCGCCAAGGAGUGCUACACUGACGAUCAGUUACUGGACCCGAAGAAGAAGGCACAGAAGCCAGUGCGCGUCUCCAUGCACUUCGAGGUGGAGAGGCUACCCGGGGGGGCGGCAGGGGGGGCAGCAGCGGGCGGCAGUGUCACACCGCGGUCCCUCAGCAGCAGCGCGUCUCAGAGGGGCGUGAACCGGGCGCGGUCGCAGGACUCCAUGACCUCAGACAUGGAUGACGUCAACAUGAUUCCCAGAAGCCUCUCCGUCUCCAGGUUCCUUUCUGGGUUCCAGGCGAUAGACUUCACGGACAUGGUUCGUGCGGAGCCGUUCACGCGUCUGGUGCAUCUGCUCUUCGUGUAUCCGCAGCAGGUCGCGCUGCCCAAGAAGCUCAACCUCUUCGUGCGCACUGAGCUGCGCGCUGAUGACCUCGAUAUCCAACGGCCAUCAAUGGAGGCCAUCUUCCCCAAGGAGCGCAAUGGCCCCAUGCUGCGCACUGCGUCAACCCAGGUGGUGCAGGGAGCGCGACCCGCUCUGUUCCACGACGAGGUUAAGAUGCAGCUGCCCGCCUCUGUGUCGCCCUCGCACCAUCUGCUCUUCACCUUCUUCCAUAUCGACCUCUCCCUGCGCUCCGAACGCCCCAAGCCGGUGGCAGUGGGUUACGCGGUCAUGCCUCUUGCGGCUGCCUUACAAGCGUUCAAAGCGGAGGUGAAUCUGCCCAUAUCCAAGGACUUGCAGCCGCGCUACCUGCAGGAGAGCACCAAGUCGCGCCUGACCUAUUGGGAGGAAGGCCGUCCAAUCUUCCGCGUGCGCACGCGGCUCUUCUCGUCGCUCCUGCCGCUCUCCGACCGCCUGAGGGACUUCUUCCACCAGUUCGACCGCCACAUGCUGGAGGCGCCCCUGCCACGAGAAGAUCUCCUGGAGUCAAUUAACGCACUCAAGACGGUGGACGUGGUGGUGCUCAUGCAAUAUUUGUACCCGCUGCUCAACAUGCUGCUCUGCAUGAUUGGGAACGGGGUGGAGACCCUCCAAGUAGCAGCCUUUCGAGCCAUGAUCAACAUUGUCUCCAGAGUGCAGCUGGAGCUGGCACCGCAGACCGGAUCAGCCCCCAUGGAGCGAAGUCGUUUCCUCGUGCACUUUGUGGACUUCAUCUUUGACGACCUCGGUCGCAACCAGCCGCCUGUGUACCCGGGGCUCAGCAACGUGUGGCGCAGCCUGGCGCGCAGCAAGUCGAGAGGGUUCCGAGUGGGGCCGGUGUAUGCGGAGGCGCUGCAGAUGGCAUGGUUUGUGCUGGAGCUCAUCGUCAAGUCCAUGGACCUGGAGCUCGCCCAGGUGCCGCAAGGCGAUGAGAUCGCGCGUCUGAGGCUAGAGGACGAGGUGUUUCUGUGCAUCCGGCAGCUGUUUGAGUGCCUGCUGACCGAGGUGCAUGAGAAGGCCGUCUCUGACCCGCCCCUCGCCAAGAGCCUCAGUUCCUCCAUCUCCUUCUUCUGCUACGACCUCAUCUCCGUCGUCGACCCGCCUCAAGUGUUCGAGCUGGUCGGCCUGUUCCUCUCCCAGUUCGUGGGGGUGUGCCCCCCCAUGCAGCACAUGUUCAAGCUUCACUUCCUCCGUAUCGUCUGCGACCAUGACCUUUACAUCGAGACGCCCGGCAGAGGGCCCACAGAGAAGAACUACCUGACGACAGUGCUGCUCAAGGACCUCUUUGUGAGCCUCGACCACGAGGAUCCCAGUCAGCGAUCGCUGGCUGCGCGCAUGCUAGCAUUCCAGGUGGCGAAGCACGAGUACGAUGCGCGGUACCAGCAGCCCGAGCUCAAGCUGUACAUCGCGCAGCUCUACAUGCCCAUCGUCAACAUGAUCCUCGACGAGGUCGAGACCUUCAACACUCUAGGAGUGAUCCAAAGAAGGCAGAUUCUGGUCGUGAUGCUCACUGUGGUGCGGAAUCUGGAUAAUGAGACGCUGCUCAAGGCGUGGAAGCAGAGCGACGUGCGAACACGGCUCUUCUUCACGCUCCUGCAGCAGGCCCUCGUGCUCUUCCAGCACCCCCCCCAGCUGACAGCUGGCAGCAAGCCCCGCCCCACCGCCACCAAAUCCAGCCCUGCCACGUCAGCACCCGCCGACGCCACGCUGGCAGUGGAGCCUCCGCCAAUCCCGAUGUACUCAGACCGCGUCUCAUUGGCCACAAACGACCAGCUGGACGAGAUGGCACGGGCAGAUCCCAAGGCCAUGCUGGAGAGGGAGCAGAUAAUCCGAAAGGUUACAGGCGGCGCCGUGUCAGGCGGCAAGGGGUCGGCGGUUUCCUUAAGGGAUGUGCUUGCGCGGUCGAGAAUGCCGCCGAAAGAUGCCAUGGCGCUGAUGAGACAAAACCUGCCGCCGAGCGCUUCUGCGAAGCUGCUAACGUGGGAAGCCAGCGUGGCAGCAUGGUGUGCGGUGCAGGUGUUGGAGGUGGUGGAGAAGUUCUGCGACAUGGCUGCUGAUGGACUCGUUGCCACCGACUACCAGACCAUGGACUGCCUCACCGGGCCUCUCUCCGUCAUGCUCGCCCUGCCACAGCCCAUGAGCUUUUGGGAGCCCUUUGUGCCAGCCUUCGCUGAGAUGCUGCGCCUCCAUGGCAAGGCCAUGCUCGACGUUCCACCCACCCUCUCAUUCCCUUCUGCCCUCUUGCUUUCGCCCAUUCCCUUCCCCAUCUGCCCGUCUUCCCCCCCCUUCCAGCCCAUGAGCUUUUGGGAACCCUUUGUGCCCGCCUUCGCUGAGAUGCUUCGCCUCCACGGAAAGGCCAUGCUCGAUGGCCCGCCCUCUGCUGCCGCUGCCGACACUGCUGACGGUGCUGCGGCAGCCAAGGGGGGCGACGUGCUGCUGAAGGACCUGUUUGGCAGCCUGCUCAGGCAGAUGGCUGAUAUGCUGCUCACGGUGGUGGAUGCAGCAUCACAACACGAGCAACUGAUGGAGGGGCUGAAAACAAGUAACGACAAGUAUGCAAUAGUGGAGAGCUACUACAUCCUGGCACAGGCAUACGGGCACGUGCCCGAUCUGUACAUCAUGUGGAUGCUCCACCUGUGUGACGCACACCAGGAGAUGAACCAGUGGGCCGAGGCUGCUCAGUGCGCUGUUUCUGUCGCUGGCAUCGUGAUUCGGGGUUUGCAAAUCGCUUCGGAAGAACCGGUGUGGGACGAGGAGCAUUUGGAGGUGCUGUGGAGCAUCUGCCCCUUAGCCCGCCACCAGUGGCGCGCGCGGGCCUUCUCGUCCCAGUCGGGGUUUGGGGCGGCACGUGUGACGGUGGAGGGGGCGGUGAGCCACAUACAAAUGGCGAGCAACCUGUUCUACAAGGCGGAGCUCUUCCACUUCUGCGCGCUCAUGCUCUCGCUGCUGCUGCCGCUGCACCGCACGCGCCACGACUACAAGCAGUUAACCAAGACGCACAACAAGAUCGCAUCCAUCUAUGAGAACGUGGAGCAGCAGGAGACGAGCCCCAUCCCCUUCAAGGACGCCUGCUACUAUCGAGUCGGCUUCUACGGGGAACGCUUCCGAUACAUCGAUGGCAGGGAGUUCAUCUAUCGAGAACCUCGAGAUGUCCGGCUGGGAGACAUAAUGGAGAAGCUCAAAGCGCUCUACGAUGCACGCUCACCCGACGAGGAGCCCCUGCAAAUCAUCCAGGACUCACGCCAAGUCGACCCCGCCGCCCUCAAGCCGAACCUCGUCUACAUGCAGAUCACGGCCGUCGAGCCUGUGGUAGGUGCGGGGGAGGGUCGGUGGCUCGGCAGACCUCUCGAGCCUCCGAUCGCCGGCACUCCAACGUUCAGUUGUUUCUUUUUCGACACGCCGUUUACGCCGAACGGGAAGCAGCAGGGGCGGAUGGAGGAUCAGUGGAAGAGACGAACGUUGCUGUACACGCAGAGCACGCUCCCGAGCCUGAUUAGCCGGCAGCCGGUGGUUCGGUCGGAGGUUCGGGAGUACUCCCCGAUCCAGUGCGCUGUGGAGAUUAUCGAGUCGCGGUCGUUUGCACUAGAGGCCGAAAUGGCCAGCCAGUUGGGAGAUUGUGGCGCGGCAGGGGCGGCAGGAGGUCCGGCUGGGAAGAAGGAUCCGGCGGCGGUUGUAGCGGCGGCAAUGGCAGCAGGUUCGGGCCCGCUACAGCUGCCACGGUUACAAACGCUGCAGCGGUUACUGCAGGGGAGUGUGGCGCUGCAGGUUAACAGCGGUGUGCUGGGAGUGUGUAUGGCGUUUUACCAGGCGAAUCCGCAGGGGGCGAACCCGAGGGCCAAGGAUCCGGAGAAAUUACAGCCGUCGGAAUUGGAGAUGUUGACGGCUGCGAUCGUGCGGUUCGUGGUGGUGUGUAAGCGGGCGGUGGUGGUGCAUGGGAGGGCGGUGACUGAAGAGGAUAGGGAUUUCCAGGAGCAGCUGGAGCAGAGUUUAGAAGACCUGGAAAAGGAGAUCUCAGCUUUCAUUCCAGGCCUGAGGAAACGAGCAUCAGCUUACUGA